AUGGUACCCCGAGUUUGGUCUCUGAUGAGGUUCCUCAUCAAGGGCAGUGUGGCUGGGGGUGCUAUCUACCUGGUGUACGACCAGGAGCUGCUGGGGCCCAGUGACAAGAGUCAGGCGGUCCUUCAGAAAGCCGAGGAGGUGGUCCCCACUGCCGUGUACCAGUUCAGCCAGUACGUGUGCGAGCAGACAGGCCUGAAGUUACCACAGCUCCCAGCCCCUCCAAAGUUUAACUUUCACAUCCGCGACUCUUGGAAUUCAGGCAUCAUCACCAUGAUGUCAGCUCUGUCCGUGGCCCCCUCUAAGGCCUGGGAGUACUCCAAGGAGGGCUGGGACUACCUGAAGGAGCGAACCAAGUAG